CUCCAUCCCUGGCUUCAGAUUCAUUAACUUAACUGCAACGCCGUGAGUGUGUUUCAAAGACUCGUUGCUUGUUUGCGGCUUCUUUGUCUUCACCAUCAUUCCGUGACACUCGUUCCAACCUACACUUCUAGCGCCCUUCGUUCCUGCCCUCGUUUCGUUGGCAAGGGCAACUUGGCCAACUCUUUUCCAAAACUCCUCGCUUAACCAGCGCAGUCUCUACAAUCUCCGAACCUUGACUACGCGUUCUUGGACCAUCGCAUCCUUCUAUUCGAUCACAUAUCCCCUCCCAUCGUCAUCAGAAUGAAGGGUUUCUCGGCGCUUGCGACAGCUGUCGUGGGAGCUGCGCUAUUCAUCAAGACCGCUGUUGCAUCUGUAGACCCCAUUGUCAUCAAAGGCUCUAAAUUCUUUUAUGAGACCAACGGAACUCAAUUUUUUAUCCGCGGUGUUGCGUAUCAACAGGACUAUACAGCCAACAGCACCUCCAGUGACGACACUUCGGACGACUCUUACACAGACCCGCUCGCCGAUGCCUCAACAUGCGAGAGAGACAUUCCUUACCUGAUCCAACUGCGAACCAAUGUCAUUCGUGUCUACGCACUCGACCCGACGAAGAACCAUGAUGACUGCAUGAACAUGCUGGCCGAUGCCGGCAUCUAUGUCAUUGCCGAUCUGUCUGCCCCGGGUGCCUCCAUCGUCCGUGACGAUCCCGAAUGGACCGAUACAUUGUACUCGCGGUACACUUCUGUCAUUGAUGUAAUGCAAAACUACACAAACACCAUGGGUUUCUUUGCAGGAAACGAGGUCUCCAACAACAGCACUAACACCGAUGCCAGCGCAUUCGUCAAGGCUGCAGUCCGUGAUAUGAAGGCAUACAUGAAAGCGCAGAACUACCGUACCAUCGGUGUAGGUUACGCCACCAACGACGAUGCCGAUAUCCGUGUCAAUCUCGCCGACUACUUCGACUGCGGUGACUCUUCCGAUGCCAUUGACUUCUGGGGCUACAAUAUCUACUCGUGGUGUGGAAAUUCUAGCUACACUGAAUCCGGCUACGACCAACGUACUGAGGAGUUCUCGUCCUACAACGUUCCGGUCUUUUUCGCCGAGUAUGGCUGCAAUACCGUGCAACCGCGUACCUUCACCGAGGUUCAAGCUUUGUACGGAGAUGAAAUGAGCCCAGUUUGGUCUGGUGGUAUUGUCUACAUGUACUUCCAGGAAACGAACGACUAUGGUCUCGUCAGUGUGGAUGGCAACACUGUUAGCACUUUGGCUGACUUCAACUAUUUGUCUUCCCAACUUGCACUGAUCAGCCCCAGUUCAACAAAUUCUGCCAGCUACAGUCCAACCAACACUGCAGCUCAAUCUUGCCCGACAGUUAACAGCGACUGGCAGGCAGCGUCAGCGCUUCCUCCCACUCCAAACUCGCAACUCUGCGAAUGCAUGUGGAACGCAUUGACUUGUAUACCCGAUGAUGUCUCCACCGAUGAUGCCGGUGAUCUAUUCGGUAUCGUCUGCGGUCUAGGGUCAGGCACUUGUGAUGGAAUCGACGCAAACAGCACAUCUGGUAAGUAUGGAGCGUAUGGCAUGUGCAAUUCGACUCAGCAGCUUGGUUGGGCUUUGAAUGACUACUACGAGCAAGAAGUUGCGGCUGGCAACGGUGCAUCGGCUUGCGACUUCUCCGGUUCCGCCAAGACCAAGGCUGUCACCAGCCCUACUGGUACUUGCGCGACAUUGAUCAGCCAGGCUGGAAGUGAAGGCACUGGUACCGUUACAUCGUCGCCAUCUGGUACAGGCAGUUCUGGCUCGAGUGGCAGCAGCAGCAGCAGCUCAACCAGCAAGAGUGCGGGCGCCGCGGGCUUUUCUGCUCCUGCGCACAUUGGUUUCUUGCAGGUUGCAUUUUAUGUCUCUGUCGCGCUGGUGUCGGGUGCUGGAAUGAUUUUGUUGUAAGGGGAGGAUUUCAAGUAUUGGCAUUGCCAGAAGGGGUCGGACUGGUCCGAUGUGUUUAUCUGGGUAUGAACAAUCCCGCUAGGUAGACGCUCUGGAGAAGGUCUUGGGUUUCGAGCAUGUAGUCUCGAGCAUUGAUGGUGUUUGAUCAGCGCGGGAAAAUCCUUUUGUAUCUAAGAAUGAAAGACAGGUUCCGUUCAUAAA